AUGCGGUCCAGUCGCCGAGAGAAACCCGCCGCCCCCGUCGCGGCACCACAUGACAUUGACUUCGGACAUCUAUGGCGGCAGCUCAGGGCGGCGGGGUGGACGUCGAAGCGGCCGACCGGCAUUCAGACGGAGUGGACAUACAAAAGCCCGGAGGGCGAGAACGUGCUGGUGGGUGAGUGUGCCGUAGUGGAGUACGCCUUCGAGUCGGGAUUGCUGGGUGGUGGCGGUGAACACGGGGAGGAGCAUGUUGGAGAGGGUGGCGGUGGCGGAGAGCAUGUUGGAGAGGAGGGUGGUGGCGGUGGCGACGACGACGCCGUGAUUAGACCCUCUCAGAUCGACACUAGUGUUCUGCUAUCGCAGACUACGAUCGAACAUAUGUUCGGCUCCUCCGAGCCGGAGAUCGAACUAUCGCAGGCGGCGGUAGCGAGAGAAUUUGAUCUCUCCCAGAGAGACCUGCAAGCUGACGAUGAGCAGCGAGACGCAGCAGCCAGCUUGCACCUGCUGUCGGACGCGUCGGGAUUGGAGAGUGAGGGGGAGGAUGAACGUGCUGUUACUUCUCCUAUUGCUCCUCCACGGCGAGCACGGGUCCCGUUGAAACUCGACGCCGACGUGAACGUGUUGCAGGACGGGGAGAACAGCAGUGAGUAUGAGGACUUCAGCUCUGAUGAGAGCGAUAGUGCUGGCAUCUGCGACGACGACGGCGACUCUGGAAGCGACGAGUUCGAUGAGGAGGGGGGCGAUGAAAUAUCUGACAGCAACGCCGCCGAGAUGGACGAGGUUUUUCUGGCGUCUCUGCAUAUUGGUGAUAACGUUGAACUGAGCAAAGUAGCUCUCACACAGCGCGCGGCAGCGCUUCGGGCAAUGCAGUGGACCCCAGCCGUGACAGCGUUCGAGACCGAUACUCCUGCGUACCCUGGGUUGGGUGAGGACGGGGCCCGACCUGUUGGAGAGCUGCUGGAUAUGUGGCGAUCGCCACUCCUGACACUAUUUUUCUUCGUACCGAAAACCGUGUGGGUUUCGAUCGCGAAGGAGACUAACCGCUACUUUUUGCAGCAAGUUGAGAAGCGAGCGGAAAGGAUGGCGGCGCGACAGACCGGACGUCAACGUGAGACCGCCGCUCAGAUUGCAUGGCGCUUGAAAGCACCCGAGGAGUACGGUACCCACGAGAUUUUGCAUGUAAUUGGGCUUUUAGUGGCGCGCAUGUUGUGUCCUCAGAAGAGGAGCUUUGCUGCGCAUUGGUCCAUGGUUGAGGAUGGCGCCAUUCCAGCCGGACUCUUCGGGCGGUACAUGUCGCGCGAUCGCUGCCAAAAUAUCCUGCGUGACCUUCACUUCGUCGACAACACCGCUGACCACGGUCGCGAUAAACUGUGGAAGCUGCGUCCUGUAGUGGACAAGAUCCAAGAAUGCUUCUUGGCUGGUUGGUCGCUUCCAUCUAUCUUUUCUUUUGACGAAGGCGUUCUUCCUGCCACGUCGAAGCGCAACACGACGCGCAUGUUCAUGUCGGACAAGCCUCACCGAUACGGCUCCAAACUAUUUAUGUUGUGUGACGCAAAGACAGCGUACUGCCACAGAUUCGAAGUUUAUGUGGGCAAGCGGAACAACGAUGGAGGAGAUACUGGAAUUGACGCCAAGACUGGAGCAGCGGCUGUCUUGCGGAACCUGAAGGCUGCAUUCACUCCUCAAUCGCGCCACAACUGGCAUGCUGUGAUCAUCGACCGAUACUACACCUCGGUUCUUCUCGCCGUGGAGCUGCUCAAGAUGAACGUGUACGUCGUCGGAACGAUCAUGACAAACCGCUUGGGCUUCGCCAAGAGCAUCAAGUCCGAGCACAAGACCCGCCCUGCAAGCAUCCCAAGGGGUUCGUUCGUCUUCACGCGCUCUGUUUCGAUCCCCUCAAUGGUCUCGUGCCUCUGGUGGGACCGCAAGCCGGUCUACUACCUCUGCACGGGCUCCGCCAUGACGUCGUCCACGCUCGAGAGGAAGGUCAAGCGGGUGGGCGCGAUUCAAGUUGGAUGUCCCCAGUCGGUGAAGGACUACCAGAACUGGAUGGGCGGAGUAGAUCGCCACGAUCAACUCCGUCUCCAGAGCUUCUCUCUGCAAAUGUCUACGCGGUUCACUAAGUACUACAAGGGCUUGUUCUUGGGGUUCCUCGAUCUGGCGCUGGUGAACGCGUUCCUGACCCACAAGGAGGCGGCCAAGAUCAAGGGCACCAGCUCGAUGAAGCGCUCAGAGUGGUUCACAGUCCUGCAGAACCAGCUCCUGCAACUGAAGGCCGAGGAUUUUGCAGGGGUCGAAGCGACGCCACCUCCUUCCCGUCGGAAGCGUAGGCGAACACCAGUUCGCCUUGCGCACGCACUCGAGCAGUCGGAAGACUGGGUCACCGUCACCGGCGUUCAGAAGCGACGCCAACGGUCCUGUAAGGUUUGCGCGCUCCUUCGCACCGAGAAGAAGAAGUCCUUCGCGACGACGUUCUUCUGCGAGCGCUGCUCGAUCGACAACGCCAAGUGUUGGCUCUGCAACAAGAUCCGUCGCGACUACAACGGCGUCGCCAAGACCUGCUUCGAGAUCUGGCACGAUGACUUCGGCGCCGGGCAAGACAUUCCGGCCAGCCUGGGGAAGCGCGUCGUGCUGCGCCGGCCCGGCAAGAACGCAGGAAAGCGCAAGAAGACACGGCGGGAACUGCAGCUCGCCCGCGAGGGAGGAAGCGAUGGCGGCGGCUCUGACUCUGACAGCAAUGAUGAGUGA